CUACUUCGAGCCGCGCCUAUCUCACGAACAGCUCAUUCCAGAGAGGAAACCAAACGAUCGAAACCCUAGAAAGCAAUGGCGGAAGCGAAUCCUGGCCGUGGAGGUGGAAGAAGAGGCGGCGGACCAAUGGACGACGACAAACUGGUCUUCGAGACGACGGAAGGGAUCGAGCCCAUCACGAAUUUCAACGAUAUGGGGAUCAAGGAGGACGUUCUCCGCGGCGUCUACGAGUACGGUUUCGAAAAGCCCUCCGCGAUUCAGCAGAGAGCGGUCAUGCCGAUUCUCCAAGGCCGCGAUGUUAUCGCUCAGGCCCAGUCCGGUACCGGAAAGACCUCCAUGAUUGCCCUCUCCGUCUGCCAAAUCGUUGACACUUCGUCUAGAGAAGUUCAGGCGUUGAUAUUGUCGCCAACGAGGGAGCUGGCUUCACAGACGGAGAAGACUAUUCAAGCUAUUGGAUUGCACGCGAAUAUUCAGGCGCACGCGUGCAUUGGUGGGAAGAGCGUUGGAGAGGAUAUCAGGAAGCUGGAGAAUGGUGUCCAUGUUGUGUCUGGGACACCAGGUCGUGUUUGUGAUAUGAUUAAGAGGAGGAGUCUGCGUACCAGAGCUAUUAAGCUUCUGAUUCUUGAUGAGUCUGAUGAGAUGCUUAGCAGAGGGUUCAAGGACCAAAUCUAUGAUGUUUACAGAUAUCUUCCACCUGAUCUUCAGGUUUGCUUGGUUUCUGCAACUCUUCCUCACGAGAUUUUGGAGAUGACAUCAAAGUUUAUGACUGAACCAGUGAAGAUCCUUGUGAAGCGUGAUGAGUUGACUCUUGAGGGCAUUAAACAAUUUUUCGUUGCUGUUGAGAAAGAGGAGUGGAAGUUUGAUACACUUUGUGAUCUUUAUGACACACUUACUAUCACUCAAGCUGUUAUCUUCUGCAACACAAAAAGAAAGGUGGAUUGGCUGAGUGAGAAAAUGAGGACUAACAACUUCACAGUCUCAUCGAUGCAUGGUGACAUGCCUCAGAAGGAGAGAGACGAGAUCAUGAACCAGUUUCGGUCAGGCGACAGUCGUGUUCUGAUCACGACAGAUGUAUGGGCACGUGGGAUUGAUGUGCAGCAAGUUUCUCUAGUCAUAAAUUAUGAUCUCCCCAACAACCGUGAGCUCUACAUCCACCGUAUUGGACGAUCUGGUCGUUUCGGGCGUAAGGGUGUUGCGAUCAAUUUUGUUAAAAGCGACGACAUAAAGAUCCUCCGAGACAUUGAGCAGUACUACAGUACCCAGAUUGACGAGAUGCCAAUGAAUGUAGCUGAUCUUAUCUAAAAGACCUUGUCUGAGAAUUUUUUUGUGAUGGCGUUUGUGGCUUUGUAGUGAGAAGUAUCCGAACGAGAGAUCUUAUGUAUUUGCACUAUCUAAUGAUGCUUCUUCACUCAGUACCUACUCACUCCCUUUCGUGGGUUCUUUUGAACAAUUGUGGUAAAUGUUUAAUGAUUUGAGAAGCGUUUUGGGUUGAGAGUUUGGUC